AUGGGGGAAAGACCAGGAGGAUCAAUUCGAGAUCACGGUCAAGAUCCACCACCUCCAGUGCUUCAUCCUGUAACUAAGGUUUUUGAUAAGAAUGAUGAUGAGGAUCUCUGGAUCCGUAUUUCACUGCCGUUGACUACCAAUGUCGUGACGAUCACCACUUUCCGAAUUGUUGAUGAAGGAGAAGGAAGCUGCAUCAUCAAGACCUUGCAUUCAACUUCUACAUCGGUUUCAGCUUCUCUGCAGAUUGUCAGGAUAACGAACCUAAAGGAGGAGGAGGAGAAGAAGAAGAAGAAACAACGUGCCAGCCUACGGGUGUGUUUCACAACAGGGACUAGUGGAAAAGAGAGGCAACGGGAAGCGCCGGACCAAAAAAAAAGCCCCCCAAGUCAUUUAAAUCCUUGGGCAUCUGUUUGA